AUGAUUGCCAAUUUGAAGCCGUUGACAAGUGCGCUACAGGAAGCCACGCGUGCGAUCAGCUGUGCACUGAUACUUGUGAAGCAUAUUGACGAGUGCAACACAACAGCAUUCGAUCUAAGACUUAAAAACUGCGAGCAGCUGUGUGACAACUUACCUGGAACAUUUCGGUGCAAUUGCACGGCUGGAUACGUUCUGGGUGAAGACAACGCAACGUGUAUAGACAUUGACGAAUGCAAUAACGAAUUGCUAUGUGACCAUAUAUGCCAUAACACGAAAGGAUCUUACAACUGCUCAUGUCGCUUGGGGUACGAACUAGCUGAUGACAGACGAACAUGCAAAGAUAUAGACGAGUGUGUGACAGGUUCUUUCCUAUGUCGACCUCCGGCAGUUACUUACCGAUGGGUAAAGAGUAAUUGGGGAAGGAACUGCUCGGUCAAUCGAGUGUGCGAUGAUGGAGUUGUCACUCGUACGGUUUCUUGUCUCGAGACAAACAAGACGACUAAGACAGACCGACAAGUCGACGACCAAUUCUGCAUUCUCAACUUUGGAAAGAAGGAAAGAGUGCAACGUCGGUGUGGACGUCCAUGCCGCUACGUUUUGGGCAAAUGGUCAACGUGCGCGAGCAACUGCACAAGAAGCCGGCAAAUAAGUUGUGUGAAACUGAUGAAAAACCGACGUAAGCCGGUCAGUGUUCGUCACUGCAAUGCCGACACACACAUUGCAUUGCCGCGUCCUCCUCCGUCACAGGAGAGUUGCAGUGGAGGAUCGUGCAAUCCUGGCUCAUAG